CUACAGAGUGAACAUCCCGGCAUCGUCGCGAUCGAACAGACGCGUCUUGUCCUGAACCUCCAUGAUCACCGCGUAGAAGCACGCAAUAUGGCAGCCCCCACCGAAAGCCCAGUCAGCGCCAUCAUCAAUCAGCUCAGAAAUCCCAUCCCAGAUGCAGAAACCCUCCUCACACUGCUGGCUGCUCCUCUCGACUCUAUAUCUCUCCUAGCACCUCCCCUGCGCAAGUACAACGCGAAUUCCCUUCCCAGUGGCACGUUCUCUAUCGCGCGCCAUGUUCCCCAAAUCCAGACUGCACUCAUUCAGCACAUUGUCCCUACUUGGGACAUCGUUCUCGAAGAGAAGCAGGCCAUGCCCAUCGUGACACAAUACUUUUGCCCCGAUUCCUUCUACUACAGCACCCCCGCAGCGGGAGAAAUAGUCAUUCACGCCCUCAGCACCAUCAUUUCCCUGCCCCUCACAGACUUCUCUAUCCGCAUGCUUGCCCGCAUCGCUAUCGAAUAUCCCAUCGACCGCAUCCACGCCGCCAUCUUCCAGUCUAAAUCCUACACUUCCAAAGAAUCCCUCGCCUGGGAGGACUACAUCCGCGACCUCUGCACCGUCCCCGGCAAGGUCGCCAACUUCUUCGCCGCAACGCGCGCACCUCCGCCCGCUCUAGACUACGAGCCCUACUUCAGUCAUGUCUGUACGCGCUUCGAAUGCCUAGUAUCCGCCCUGCCACCGCAAGGUGCGCUGCCCUCCCUCACGUACGUGCUCAUCAAGCUCGCGAACGUGGGUGUGUUCCCGCCCACUCCACCCGUCGAGCGCUCGCGACCAUCCUUCUGGAGGACCACGCUUCCUAUCAUCAGGCGGAAGCUGGAUAAUAAGAAAUACGCGCAUGCGUGGAGUGAAUUGCUGGCGGCGAUACCGGCGACAACGACGACUCAAAUUAUCCUUGUAUCUCUAUUUGCCGCCCUGGAAGUAAAUGAGAAGGGCACGGAUGGGUCGGCGCCGCAGCGGGCGCUUGUCAAGAGGGAAGCGCGGGUGCUCGUUGGUGUACUAGGAUACGCGACGAAGGACUCGCAAAUUCGCGAUCUAGCGUUCGGGAUAAUGCUUGGGAAGGAGUGGAAGGAAUUGCAUGGCCGGAUCUUUGUCUGCUGGACUGCAAGCGCAUCGUGGAAUGGGACCAAUAUCGAAGGAUUGGAAUUACUCCUCAAAGACGUGCUUGACCUAUGGUCUUCGCCAGACCAUGUCAAACAUUCCCUCCUCUCCCGACACCAAUACAUCACAUCCCUCCUCCUCCUCACCGCAUCCUACUUUCCGCCCUCUCACCCCUCGGUGGCCAGGUUGGCCAUCUCGCCUGCUUUUAUAUCCGGCGUGAGCAUCUACAUCGGGCAUAUGGACACAGGCGUGCGCCGCUGCGGCAUGCUCGUUGCUGAGAUGGUCGCGCGCUAUGCCAACAAGUCGCUUGACUUCGGUGAUUGGGACGGCAACGAUAGAAGCAGCGUUUGGUGCCGAGAGCUGCGCGCUCUGCUAGGCGCGCGCGAUAUGGACGCAGAUCUCAGUGCUCUGGACGAACAGCCCGAUACGGAUGUACCGGCCUCUCAAACCACCCUCUUUGAGGAUGCCGAUGAGGAGCUCACCACCUCAUCCGCUGCUGCUGCCGGAGCGCAAUCUGCCCCCAUCACCCUCACCUCUACCACCUACGACUCCGACGACUCUCUCGAAGGCUAUGUUUCACCCUCUUCCAGCCGCUCCCCCUCCCCCACUCCCUCCUCCCUCGCCGAAAUCGAAAAAGAUCCCUCGCUCGCCGUCGCCCCCAUCAAGGUCCCCCGCCCCGUCUAUCUCGCCCAGCUCGGCGCCCUCCUCCGCGGCCCGCCAGGCGCUAAGCCCCUCGAACCGCAAGAAGAGUACAAGCGCCUGGAAGUCGCACUCAACUGCGCGGAGGAGCUGAUACGGAAGAAGCGCGGGUAUGGGACGGAGCUGGAGGAGAAUGCGGACAAUCUGGUGUAUGGAUUGGUCGCGUUGCAGGAUAACUUCGACCUGGAUGGAAUUGAGGAGAAGAGGCAAGGAGCGCUGACGGCGCUAGUGGCAUGUUGUCCGAGGAAAGCGGCGCCGGCUCUCGCUGAAGCGCUCUUCCAAAAUCAAUACUCGGCACAACAGCGCUACACCAUUCUCAACGCUCUUGCUCUCGGCGCGCGAGAGCUUGCGGGCCUUGAAGUGCCGCCCUCCGCUGUCCCCGCCGCGCGCACGGCAUUCCCCAGUAAAAUGCUUCCACCUGCGCUCCACCAAAAGUACAUUGCCGCGCAGGAGAACAAUCCCCUUCCCCGCCUUGUCGACGGCAUCACCCGCAAAGCACUAGACAAAAACGCCGCCGACGCAGAGGAAACCGCCCCCACCCUCGCACGCGAGCGGCGGCUCCGCCUCCGACCCCAGCCCAAGGUCACCGAGAUCUCAGGCCUCGCAAAGCCCCCACCCCCUCGCGAAACAACCUACGCUGAAAUCGCCGCCGAGUACUUCAUCAUGCCCCUCAUAAAUCGCUUCUGGACCUACCUUCGCGACGAGCGCACCCGGGAGGAGCGCACCGCGCACCGGACCUCUCAGCACCGCUAUCGCGGCGCCGGCGUCGGCCUCGUUCUCGGCGCCCUCGUCCUCUCGCGCUUCCUGAGCACGCUCGCCGUCCUUGUGCACGCCGCUCAGAACGCGCCCGAAUGGCUCGCCGUCGUCGCGCCUGAGGCACUCGAGCUUGCGCUGACGCUGGGCGCGAAGCCUGUCAGUGCCGCAGAGCUCGAACCGGGCCAGGACGUCGAGGAGGGCGGAAAGCAGGCAGCGGUCUUGGUAGCCGCACUCGAGUUGGCGAUCAUCGUUCUGGACGGAUGUUUAGAGCUGGAUGGCGGGCAGUCGAUGGGGCUGGAGCAUACGGCGCUGCUGUUGGGUGUGGGUGAGUGGGGCGGGGCUAUAUUCUCGCAGCUGGAGAAGGGAGCGUUGGUGCAGGGUGGCGGAGGGGAAUAUGAGGUGAGAUUGAGGAGGUCGGCGGCGGGCGUGGUGCUCAAAGUGGACGAGAUGACGGCGAAGUGGAGGCGAUCUAUGGUAGAUCUGAAAUAAUGUAUUUCGUACUGCAGUACACGCAUGUCGAAUCGUACAAUAAAUAUGUGAAGGAGAACACGAGCGUUAUGAAUUGGUAUCGUUUGCGCGACC